AUGAUGGGGAUUGAUCAUCACCUUCACCAAGCCAAUAGCUCGUUCCUAAGGUCGCCAUAUUGCUUAGCCACAACUCUUCUUCUCAUCCUUCUCUUAACAAUCUCAACGAGUGCUGCGGUGAGGCCGCCGCUACACCACAAUAAACAGCACCAACGGCCACCGCCUCUCCCGCCGGCGGAUCAGGGCUUGAGUACCGACCGCUGGAAGCUGGCCCGCAGGCCGCCGCCGCCCGCCGCCGUUGGUCUGGCUUACCGUUACAGUGCAACGGAUGGAGAUGCUUACAGGCCCACGGCGCGCGGCCAUAGCCCUGGAGUGGGCCAUGACAGCCCGCCUACUGCUCCAUGA